AUGCUAAACAUUAAUGCGAAGGCUUUUGUUCCUCAAUCUUUUGUGGAACGUGUGGUAACACCUCGAAGUGCGAUUUACCGAUACCAUUUAAUUUUACCUACGCAUAGCGUGUGUGAUACUUCUCAGGCGGAGGCGACAUUUAAUAAUCUACACACACUGUUGGCAAAGCGAUGGUUAUGCAGCUCUAUUCAGGGUGGAUUGGGUGAGGAACCUCUUCACUUAUUUCUUUCUUCUUUUUUUGAUGGUAUGGAAAAUGUUUUGUUUUCGGCAAGGAGGUUAAAUUCUUCUUCAGCUAUUCUACUUUCACGUUCUAUUUUGUCGUUGACGAGUGCUAUUGCUUCAAUCAGCGCAUUCAAUGAAGCGUCGGGUUUUUUAAUUCAUAUAGAUAUGCCAAGGGAAAGUCGUGCGGAUAUUGCUCUUCGUCUGAGAGCUGCAUGGGAUGAUUUUUUUGAGUGCGUUUGUGAGGAUUUUCGAGUUACAUCUUUUGGUUACGCUAGUGCCUCAUAUGGAAGUGUAUCAGGUGGGCGAUACGGGGGAACGUAUUGUCAUUAUUUUUUUCUUUCCCUUGCUCCUUGUAGCUCAUCAUUUGAAGCGUUAAUGAUGCAUUACACAAGGAGCUUUCCGUUUUCUUUUUUUCGAAUUGUGCAAGUAAAUGCUAUUGUACCUUUUAUAUGUAAUCCACGAAUACCAGUGGGUAUAGUGGUCUCUGUGGGGGAGAAGGCGAAGGAAAAGUUACUAUCAGAUGGAAAAUGUGAUAAGACGUUUCCCCUCUUAUUCAGUCCUUUCAAUGUGUCUGAAACAUCCGGGUCUUUGGCUGAAUUUGAGGAAUUAUUUUUAUCGUUUUUAAAAGACAGUAACACAUUUUGGGAUCGGACUUUUGUUGUUCAUAUUGACAUUCAAAUUUGCAAAAUAUCAGACCAAGAAAUUCAACCUAUUCCAGUUUGGGAUAUAAUUCAAUUUAUUGCGCACUUGAGUGAGGAUACAGCAACUAGUGUUCUGGGUGUUUCUUUCAGUGAUGAUACUAUCGAAGAAGGCAUACUAUUGAACGUACCUCAUAAAGAAGGAAACGCAUGUUAUCUGAAUGCCACUCUUAAAGGAAUAUUGGAUGAAGGCAAAUCUUUAGAUAUUUGUAAUACUUGUUAUGGUCAAAUACCAGCUUACAUUAAAAGACCGAUGACGUUUAUUCAAUUUGAAUCUGUUCACAAAGAGUUUGGGAAAUGGAUGACAGUAAAUUAUGACCCUAUCCCUCUGACACGCAUGGUGUUUGCAGAUGCAGCAAAUAACUUUGCUAAAGUAAGAUAUUACCUGAGAAAUCGGACUGUUGGUGAAAAAAUUCUUCUCAUGAUAGAUUCUCAAGGAGAUAUCUUUGCUGCGGAGCUGAGAACUGGAACUGUUUUUGCACUACCCAAAUGCUUUGGCGAUAUUUCUGGUCCGAUAAAGAACACCGUUUUUACGGCUAUGUUGACUUCUUCCUUUCGUGGAUACCUGUCAUGUAUCAUUGUGGUGGAGGAUAUUUUGAGUUUUGAGGGGAACGAUUUACGAGAAAUGAGUUUUCCUGAAAGAUGGCAGUAUGUUGAAAAAAUGUUAUUGGAUGAUCAGCUUAGUAGGCCUCAUGCAAAUAGAGAUCAGGUUGUCAUUCUUCGCACAUCUUAUGCACGUUUUGAUAAAACAGAGCAAGUGCUGAAGCAUCCACCUUUGGAACACCCAACUUUGGGAUUGGUUUUCGUUCCUCAGCUUACUCAGAAUGAAGGCAAAAAGACUUUGUUAUAUAGUUGGGUUCCUCCAGAAUCGAUAACAGCUCGAUUUCUUGUUGGUAAAAUAGAGGAAGUUCCUGACACAAAUGGUGAAAUAAAGCGUGCGUGGUUACAAGUGAGGAAAAAAGAUAAAGAGUGUGUUUUUUACAAUGAGGAGUAUGCAGACUAUUCGCUAGAUGCUCAUCGUCUUCUUGAGAGUGGCUUUGUGGUUGAAUGUUUACUUCGGAGAAGUGAUGAUGGGGCACACUGGUGGGAAAUAAUUAAGGAUUAUGAUGCAACCCAAGGAAAAUGGGCUGAUUCUUAUGAUUUUGUGGAAAAAUUGGUUCAUAUUCCAGGAUUAACAUAUGAAGAAAUGUCAUGGUUACUCAAGGCCCACUCUUUUAAGUGUGGACGUUGCCAGACUGUUAGUGAUGUCGGAAAAACUAACCCCAGACAUCAAAUGUACUGGUGCCAAAAAUGUUGGGAAGAAACAGGCCAUGGGGACUGUUUAUAUUGCGGACGUCUUUGUUGUAUGGGAAAGAUUGACGUUUGCAGUAAACGGUUUUAUUGUGAUAAUUGUUGGGGCAUUUUUUAUUCUAAAAACGUAAAUGCGGAAGUUGGAUACGUGGUUCCUCCUCCACCAAAUGCUUCCUUCCCAACUCAGGUUUUAACACGAUGUAUUUCAUUAUUGAUCGAUGUUAUUAAUCCCAGGGCUCCUACUAAUGAUGUGCUUGAGCUUUGCUGUGGGGGAGCCGUUACACGCAAAUGGAUAAAAAAUAAGUCGACUUGUUAUAUUGGCUUUGAUUUGAAAUCCAGUGUAGUAGAAGCCAUGACAGAACUUAUUUCUUCACUCCAAGAUGAAAUACCGGAUAUGUCAAAAUACGAUGUUAUAUGUGCGGACGCCUUUUCCCCGGAUUUGUGGACGCAUCAUAUCACAAAGAUUCAUUCUCGACAAUUUCAUACGAUUACAAUAUUUGCUGGAUUUCAUCAUGCCUUUGACACAGAGAAAAAAAUACGCCACUUAAUAGGUAGUAUAGCCAACACGCUGGUUCCUCAAGGGAUGUUUCUUGGAUGUUUUUUUGAUAUUAGUACAAUAUACGAAAAAGGUGAAAUCACCAAUGACUUGUUUACACUUGAGUGGAGUGAUGAUUUUCGGCCACGAAAUGGGCAUCAUUUUUUUCUUUCCAUUCAAGAUGAACCCAAGAAGAAAAUGAAUGUGAUAUCGAUCGAUUUUUUGGUUGCCGUUGCACAAGAAUAUAGACUCAGUGUAGUUCCUGAGGCAUGUUUGACCUUUUUAGAGAUUCUCGAUAAUGAUCCAAAUUUUACAAAGAAAUUUUCCAAGAGUGAAAAGGACUAUUUGUGGGCCAUGAGAGCCUUUGCAUUCCGUAAAGACGGCAGUCCACAAGUAAAUGUGUCGCACAAAGCUAAUAAUAGCAAUGACGAAGGGAGAUAA